CAGCUGAUUCGCUGUGUGUUGAUGUUGUGUGACCGGCAGCUGCAGAGACAGAGCAGGGUAUCGGGAAUGCUGCUGUUCAACUGAGAGUCUCGUAUUAUCGGACAGUUUGCAGAACGGCUCAGUUGUUUAAGCGUGCAGCCUUUUUCAUUUUUGUGAAUGAACACCUUUAUUUCUUUGACCGAAUAAACUGUCACGAUAGACUGGAACCAGUAUGUCUGGGCCGAAUGGAGAUCCCAGCGUCUCGCUCGAAGUGGACGGAGACGACGAAUUCAACGAAGAAGAGUUUGCGGCAAUCAACGCCAUGCUGGACCAAAUCAACUCCUGCCUCGACGACCUGGAGGAGCGCAAUGACAGCCUGAGCGCAAAGCUGAAGGAGCUGCUCGAGUCCAACCGUCAGGCCAGGCAGGAGUUCAGACAUCAUCUAAACCAGGCAGCGGCCCCAGAUGUUGAGCAGGCCGACUAGCGUCAAUGGAGACGUUCGAUUAUCUCUGAGGGUAGGAAGGAGGGAGGCAAAAAAAAAAAAUGGAGGAGCAACAUCGGCCUGUAGCUGAUCUUUCCAAACAUGUAAAUGGCGUGUAUCAUCUGGGCUUCACUCGCCUUGCUGCUCUUCUCUCUGUGUGUGUGUGUGUGUGUCCUCUAAUAUUAUUUAAAAGUUCAUUUUCUGCGUGUUGUCCUUUACCCGAGACCGAGCACUCCACGUGUUAUUAAGCUGACUGUAGACUCCUGGUGGUGUUUCACUCUCUAGAACAUCCUCCAUUAACUAAGGGCUGGACCUGCCAUGUUGAAGGCUGAACUAGGCAGUUGGUUUACUUGUCUGCUGUUUAUGUCAUCUUCUGUGUCUUCUUUAAAUAAAAAAUGGCAUUUAUUUCCCAUAA